GCCGUGCCCGGUUGAACCAGUCGAGUUGCGUUCGCGCCGGCGUCGCACGUGUUUUAAAAAUAAAUAAUCCAAGAUGGCGACUGGAGUGUCUACCCGGUGUUUGUUAACGUUGUCAAAACGAGGAUUUAGUUCGAAAGCUGAUAAAAAUGUCGCAUUUCUCGGCCUCGGGAAUAUGGGAGGAUAUAUGGCCGCCAAUCUUGUUAAAAAGGGUUUCAACGUGCGAGGUUACGACCCGUCUAAAGACGCGUUGACUGCUGCCGCUAAGAACGGCAUCAGUGGUGCUAACUCCAUCGCGGCGGCGGUAGAUGGCGUUGACGUGGUCGUGUCUAUACUGCCAAGCAACAAAGUCGUGUUGGACGCUUACCUCGGGAAAGAUGGAGUCGUUAAACACGCAACAAAAGGCGCUCUACUCAUCGACUCAAGUACAGUAGACCCAAAUGUACCAAAACAGAUAUUCCCCGUAGCAACAGAGAGCGGUGUUAACUUUAUUGACGCACCCGUUUCCGGAGGUGUGAUGGGAGCCCAGAACGCGACGCUAGCGUUCAUGGCCGGAGGUCGCAAAGAUGACUUCACACGAUCUCUGCCGAUGCUGCAGGCGAUGGGCGCGAAGCAGUUCCACUGCGGCGAAGUCGGCUCCGGACAAGUCGCCAAACUCACCAAUAACAUGCUAAUGGGCAUCACCGGCAUGGCCACUGCAGAAUGCAUGAAUAUGGGCAUCAAGAUGGGUCUAGACCCGCAAGUGCUACUGGACGUGUUGAACAACUCGUCUGCACGCUCUUGGUCCACGGAGGUGUACUGCCCGGUGCCCGGCCUCGUGCCCACAGCGCCCUCCAGCAGGAACUACGACGGUGGAUUUAAGAACGAACUUAUGGUUAAGGACCUGGAGCUGGCGAGCGGCAUGGCGCUGGGCAUCAGGUCCCCCAUCCCGCUGGGCGCCGUCGCCACGCAGCUGUACCGCAUCGUGCAGUCGCGCGGAUACGGACAGAAAGACUUCUCCUUCGUAUUCCAACUGCUUAAAGAAGAGGCAGAGAAAAAAUGAAAUAAAUGAAUUAUUAAUUUAA